AUGGACGUCAACACCCACACCGAUAAGCAUCCAGAACGUCCCAAAAGUGCACCAGCUUUCAUCUUACGUCCAGUUACGCUCUCCAAUGAUUUCUCACCCACGACUCGUCCACCAACACCUCCUUCUCUCUACGAUCCUGACCCUGACCCUGAUCCCGACGCCUGUCCAAACCAAGAGUCAGAUCCCUACUCAGACACAGACCACGAAUUAGACGACGAUGAUGUUCCCCAAGCGACUCAUACCAUGUAUACAUGGCCGCCCGUCCUUCCUUCCUUCCCUCCUGUCUCCAUCUCCAUGUCUUCCUUCCCUGAUCCUCGAGCUCUUGAGUUCACCACUCUGAUAGGGUUUACGGUUUUGGAGGAUGAGAUUUCGACUACGGAUAUUCGGGCGACUCUAUCGCCUUUAACUCCACUGCCAGUAUCGUCCGCGUUAUCAUCUCUGUCUUCGAUGGAUAUUCCGGCUUCUUCGUCUCUUGUUCCCGCUCCUGCUCCUGCUCCGUCGCCGGUCGAACAUCCUUCAGCUUCACUUACAUCUCAUCCAUCCCUUCGUCCGCUUUCACCUCGUACUCCUCCACCUCCACAACAGCCUCGAACAAUAAUAACCCUACCCGAAUACACGGCCCGCCGGCGACGCCAACGACUUCAGACGCAACCAGAACCACAACCAGAAGUACAAUAUCAACUUCGACCACAAUCGGAACCUCUCCCUCUCCCACAACCUCAACUUGAACCUCAACCACAACCUGAACCUGAACCUGAACCUCUCCCUCAACCUACAUAUAAUAAUAACCCUUCCCAUAUCGACUACUUCAACCUCCACCUACCCCACUCUCCAGACCCCAUCCUCGACUCUGAAGAUACCUACCCCUCUCCUGCUUCAUCAUCUACAUCUCUCCCCGCACUCGCACCCGUACCUUUACCCGCACCCCUACGCGCAUCCAGACCCGUACUCGCACCUACACCCGGACCAGCACUCAGACCCGCACACACACCCAGACCCAGGCAGGCCAUAUGUAUAAUUGUCCCCCAACCCAACUCCAAACGUGGAGCCCUCCGCGUACGCGUACCGAGUUCUCAUCCCCCACCUCCACCUACUACCCAACCUCCCCCUCUACCUCGAGGUCCACCUCCACCUUUUACUCCUCCUCAACCUCCUACCCUUCACGCUCCUACUCAGACUCAUGCCCCACGCCAGCUCUCCGACCUCAUGUGGUCCACGAACCGAAACAGUGGCAACUGGGCUCUGAUGCAGGAACUUUUGCAGAGCGGAGUGGUGAGAGAGUGGUGGAGGGCGGUGGAGAGGGUUUUGGGGAAGAGGGAGGAGGAGAAGGGGUAUGAUGAGCUUUCCAAGGAGUUGUUGAGCGGUGGGAGCGGGAGGGAGAGUCAGAGUCAGAAUCUGGGAGAGAAUGAGGUUAGGGCUGCGUCGUCGUCUAUAGGGGUGGUUCCAGCUGGGGUAGUAGCGAGGGAGAAUGUGAGGGAGAGAGAAAGGAGGAGUGAGAGGCUAGUGCCCGCACGGGUACGAACGCCAAUAGGCACGGACACUCGCACUGUCGAUCCUCGGCAACGAGCAAGGCCAAAUCCAGAGACGACGCCUGUUCGGAAGGGAGAAGAGCCUGAGCAGAUGGAUGGUGUGGGCAAAGAUGGUGAGCUUGAAGAGGGGGAGGUCGAAGAUGGUGAGGUUGAGGAUGAUGAGCUCGAAUAUGGUGAGCUCGAAGAAGGGGAAGUGAUAGAGGGUCACGGUUCGGGGUUAGGGGUGGCGCAGAGAGAGAUGGAGGCGGAGCCGAUGGCCAUCGCGUAUCAAGAGGCUCGUUCUCGUCAGGAACAAACUUCCACAGAAGCCGGGAAACCUGGCGACGAUGAUGCACACCAGACUCAGAACGUUCACACAGCUGCGGGUCCGCAGGUCGAUUUCAUCACUUCUUCGACGAAUCACCAUCUCUCUACCUCAGUCCCUGAUCCACAGCCUCAGGUCACCUCUCCCGGGCCAUCGCACUCCUCACCUCAACCUCUCACCCAGCCCAGUGCACAGCUCGAUUCCAGCUCGAACCCGGAACCCAAUUUCUCCCAUUCGACUCCACAAUCACCCGUACUUCAGCUUGUCUACCCGGAUGGGUCUGUACCAGAGCCUCUGAGUCUUGGCACAGAGUACGUGCUCCCUGAGGACGAGAAGCAGGAGGUGGAAGGGGAGGAGGAAGUGGCUUUAGAGGUGAACGAGGACGUGUCGCACUUGGAUGAUGGAUUUUCCACCAAUUGUGACGGAGAGUGGAAUGAUGGCACUGUGCAGAGGGAUUCAGAGUCAGAGAGGGGUCAAAGUCAGAGUCCGACAGGGGUCGAUGAUAGUCAGGCACCACCGCCACCGCCACACACGAACCCGAACAUCGACGCAGCUCACGCUACCGCGAUGCAAGUAUCGUCUGGUUCUUCACCUCAUCGUCCAUCUUCUGCACCGUCUGCUUCUGCAACAUGGUCAUCUAUGACUCGGUCUUCGAACAACGUCGAUCCGGAUGCGUACGCACGCGGGGAGUCGUCGACCACGAAAGACAUUGCAGUAUCAAUAACCCCAGUCUCAGUUCCGACUUCCCAUCCAGCAGCAACCCCAACCAUUCAGCAAGGAAACUUCCCAGCUUUAGAGUCUAGUCCGAACAAAGAGUCGCAGGAAGAGCUUGUAAUACCGGAGCAGCCGCCAUCACCAGGAACGACGAAGGCAACAUCAAAUGCGAAGGGAGAUGUUGCGGAGGAUCCUAUCAUUAUUAGUGACGACGAGGAUGGGGAAGGUGGUGAGGAGCAAGGACCUUCCGAUUCUGGUGACGUCGUUGUCCCUGGUCUUGGUUCUGUUGCUAGUCUCAAUCGCGGGGGUCCUGAGGCUGGACGUGGGACGAGUGCCGCCGCUCCUACUGGUCCUGCUCCUCCCUUCGACGAAUCUUUGUUAAACGACAGUAAUUCCACUCAAAGCGACCGAAAUAAGAUGGUUUGGGACUCUUUGAUUCGGCGUAAAACUGAGGAUUUCCUUCGGGCGGUCGGACUAUCUGGAUCUUUGCCUCCCGCGAGUCAAGUUGGUCCACCGGUUUCGUAUCCCAUAAUGACCGGUCAAGGGCCAACGACGACGAAUCAUCUUGCUCCAAGUGGUCAUGGUUCGUCUCGCAAUAUUGCUGCUGGUCCUGCUGCUGGUCGCUCCGAACGUGCACCUGCUUUCGUCUUCAGUCCUGCUCCUGAACAUACUCGUUCUUCUUGUCCUGUCGCCUCCGCCCCCGUCUCUACCGUUCCCGGCGUCAAUCCCAAUCCACCUCCUUUCAUUCCUCCUCUCUUACCUCCGUCUCAGCUCACAAGAGGACCGACCCAGAAUGUUCAGCAUCAGAAUCGUUCUCAGAUGUCGGUGCAAUCUGGCCUUAGACAACCCGUUCUGGCACAGUUUGUUCACAGUCAUGGUCACGGUCAAUCUCGUUCGACUCUUACAGGGCCUGCUAUGCCUGGCAGACUGCAUCAGGCUCAGCUUAACACGGGAUCGAACCAGAAUCUGGUGUCACUCGGACCAACUGUACCAACUCCGUCUGGCCAUGGUUAUCCCCAUCCUCAGCCGGCCGGAGUCUUUGAUCCUAGAUCUGUCCCUGUGUUUGCAGGUGAAAGGAUGUGGCUACUACGCCCGCGAACUCAGAUAUUACCUCAGAAUGGACUCAGUCCUGUUUCUGGCUCCGAGUCAUCUGCGCCCCAGUCACGAUCCGAGAUACUACCACCUAUAGCUCGACGAUCUCGCACUGUGCCAGUAUUAAACGCAUACCCUGCACCGCAACUUGAACCUGGACAAUCUGCUAUGACUGCUCAUUCUCUUCCUCCGGCUCUUGCACAAACAAUAUAUCGUCCACCUGUUGCGCUUCAUCCCACCGAUGCGUUGACGAACAUUCCAUCCUCGGCGAACUCUCGGGUACCUGCUGGAUAUGCGCCUGCGCCUGCGCCACAACGACAACAGCCGCAACCACGAUACCCACAACUACAAGGACCGCAACAGCAACAGCAGCGACAAUCGAGUGUGAGUGGGUGGCACGCACCGGGUGGCGCGCAAGAUAUCGAGCUGGCAGAGCACGAAAUAUGGCCUGGAGAAUUCGUGCAGAGUCAUGCUCGUUCUGUGGAUGAACUUCGUCGUCUUCAAGGUGGACAGCACCCUCAGAAUCGGAAUCAUGUUCAACAUCAGCCACAUCCUUCUGUUCCAGCGAUGCAUAUGCAGUUCACUCAGGCCUCCACUUCGAAUACGUAUCCACAUCCUCCUCCACCACCUCCACCUCCACCUCAGAUUACGCAUCAACCUCGACCUGGAUUCCAUUCCGCGUUUUUAGCUCAUCUUAACGUCCACUUACAGCCCCAGCCUCAGCCUCAGCCUCAGCCUCAGCCUCAGCCUCAGCCUGUCCGUCAACUUCAACAAGCCCAGCCGCACUCUAUUCCAUUGUACGCGCCCAGACCAUCGUACCCCGUCCCUGCCGGUUUAAUUCCGGGUCCAUCGACGCUUUCCCAGUCUCGACAUCGUCAACCUCCGAGAGCGAGAGUCGACGUCGGGCACGGGCAGAAUCGGGUGGUACUUCCUCAGGCUGAAGUACCAAGAUCAACUUCGAACGUUCAUGGAUCCAUACGCAUACGUACGCCAGAGGUCGCGCGACCUUCUACCAUCGAGACUCUUCCUCAAAUUGUUCCUCGCCCUCGUCCUCAACCACAGUCCCACUCCCCACUUUUAUCCCAUCUCAACGCUCACUUACAACCUCAGCCUCAGCCCCAGCCACAGCCUGACCGUCAACUUCCACUUCAAGCACACCCGCACCGUAACUCUGUUCCAUUGUACGCGCCGAGGCCAUCGUACCCGGUCCCUACAGGUUCACUUCUCGAGUCUCAAGCUCGUCAGCCUGUUACAGUCGGACAGAACCAGGUGGCGCUUCCUGGAGGAUCAAAUUCAACUUCGAGCAUUCAUGGAUCCAUACGUACACCAGAGGUUACGCGGAGUUCUGCCAUUCAACAGGCAGAGACGCGGAUAGUCGAUGGUCGCACGGAUGAUCAGCGCGCGGUACGAGGAGAAAAUGAGGCCGAGAGAACUGGAAGAACUGGGAGGGAAGUUGAACCUCAAAUUUCGACCUCUUCGUCUACGGUGGGCAACGAAAGCCCGAGGAAGAAGAGAAAGAGGUCUAGACAGGACGUGGGGAUGGAAAAUGCGGAGCAUGGGGAGGGUAUGGUGGAAAAUGGGGAAAAUGAGACUGGGGCUGGAGCUGGGGUUGGGCCUAGUUCGGGUUCGGGGAGGAAGAGGAGGAGGGGUGCGGAUGGUGGGUUGGUGGAGGUGACGAAUUUUGGUCAGGAUCAGAGGACGUAG